UGUAUUUCAUCAAAUCACAAGUGUUUUUUUCCUGUGCAGGAUACAUUCACACGCGCAAAGAACUGGGUGAAGGAGCUCCAACGACAAGCCAGCCCCAACAUCGUCAUUGCACUGGCAAGGAACAAAGCUGACCUUUCCAACAAAAGAGCUGUGGACUUCCAGGAAGCACAAGCGUACGCAGAUGACAACAGUUUGCUCUUCAUGGAGACUUCAGCCAAGACGGCCAUGAACGUCAAUGAGAUCUUUAUGGCCAUAGCCAAGAAGCUUCCUAAGAACGAGCCAGCAGGUGGAGCCAGUGGCCGGGCCAGUGGCCGGGCUGGAGUGGACCUGCAGGAAGCCGCCCCACAGGCUGGUGGUAGCAAGUGCUGUGGAGGUGGGAACUAACCAACUGGACCGACACACCAACCAACCUGCAGUAUCAACCAACUGACCAGACCAGCUGACAAACACAUCCCACGGUCAAACCAACCGACGGUCUGACCAACCCCCAUGCACCAAUACUGCACUGAUCAACUGAUAAGCAAACCAGCUCACAGGCCAAUCAACUGUCAACACACAACUCCAAGGUUCCAAUGAUCCGACCAACAGACAUGACACAAUUAUGACCAACAUGAUGACCUAAAACUGUUUUAACUUAUCCGAGGACAUAACAACCCAGUAUCUGCAACGAAACUAUGGACAUCUGACAACACCCAGGCAAAAAACAACAACCCCACUUAGGGAGGGAAAGAAUAUCAAUCCUUACCAAUCGCACAUAACAGAGCACUGUUCUUCUUUGUUUCACUGUAUUUCUGUAAGAAAAAUAAAAAAUCAAACGCAACUGGGAGGAAUAAUGAACAGGCUCUUUGGCCCUCUCCUUUCUGUCUCUCCCUCUCUCUUGUCAUUUCUUUACCAUAAUACUACAGUAUUUCAACGUAUGUCUUCUGUCACUGUUCUAACCCUGUUUAGUUUGGUGGUGGGUGAAUGUAGCAAUUCUCAUGAUUUAAUUUUGUCUUGUUCCCGAUCGUCACCCUUGGGCAAAAGAAGGGAGAGUGUUCAACUCCUCAACCCCAAAUAAGGAGUUAGGAGAACAGUUGUUUCCUUCCAGAUAUAGCAGUUGUGUAGAUGAACUGAACUAUUACAUUGUUAUUAUUAUUGUUAUUACUUUCACUUAUUUUUGGCACAAGUUAAACAGUAUGAUUUCAAAGACUAGACCACCUAAGGUUUUCCAAUCAUUAAUCUAUGAUAUCCAACCAUAUACAUAGUGCAUUAACAUCAUUGUCACCAAUAAGUCAUUUUUAGUAUUAAUAUAAUGUCUCUGAAUCAUUCAUAUACAAUGACGAAAGUGGAAUAAAACACAAAGCAAGAUUUGUUUUCCUGACCAAAAUCACAAUUGUGUAUUGAAAACAUGUUGCUAUUAUUUGUAUAAUUAUUUUCUUCAAAUAUGUAACCAAUCAGUAGUUACUGUCAAUACAAUACCUUCCCAAUCUCAACAUGAUACUUUGUCAUCCUCAAUUAUUUUUGUCAUGUAAAGAUGUAUUUUUUAUUUGUAUACAAUUAUUUUGUUUCUGAAGAUUCUCUGGUAUGGGGUGCACUGGUUCUGUCAUCUGUUGUGAUUUGAGAUUUUAUCAGUUUCUUUUGCUUUUCUUUUUCUCUGUUCUUUUUUUACUUUUUCAUAUCGGGGAGGGAUCGUCUGUUAUGACAUCAAUGAUUAGCACAACAGUACCUUCAGCUGUCACUGCUGUGAGAUGGGGGACAUGGGGAGGGCAGGGGUAAACAAAGCAAAACAACAUUGUAAUUUUACCAAUAAAUAAGGGGGAAGGUA